AUGACCACCAUUUUGUUUGGGAACCUUGCUCUGGCCGAUAUCACCUGCUGCUUGCUUCUCCCUUUCAGUAUAGUGCAAUACUUUUACUCACAAUGGCUGCGCAGUCAUGACGUCUGCAAGAUUUUACCCUUCAUCAUCAUCCUUAACAUGUACACCAGUUUCUUCACUUUGGUGGCAAUCAGCGUUGACCGAUGGAUUCUGGUUGUCCAUCCCGUGUGGGGGCGAGAAAUCACCGAACAAUUAAAAUGGCGUGGAUGA